GGAUACAACACACACACACACACACACACACACACACACACACACACACACACACACACACACACACACACACACACACACACACGGGAGCUGUGCUGUGCUGUUCUGUUAUCCUGCUGUUCUACCCGUUUGGGCAGUAGGCUUGGGCGUAAUCUACAAAAAAAAGCGUGCAAUGGAAACUCGUAGACUUGUCGAAGAUUUCCCGCAAAGCAAUGCAUCAGAUGACUCACACUCUGAAGAUAGACUCGAGGUGUAUGUCAAUAGUCUCCAGAGACGCCCCGUUGACUCGGAGACAACACACUCUGAACUCCUUAGCAGCGACCCAAGGCAUCCGAUGACUGAAAUUGGCCCACGUCCAUUCGACAUGGACCACUUGGGUUGGCUGUUUGAUAAAUGCAUCCAGGAGGUGCGUGGCCUGGAGGCGCAGAGGGACGAGCUCAUACGGGAACUUCUCCGUUUGCACGCUCCCAAGCUGCAAGCGGUGGCGCACUUGAGAAGAAAGGUUGAGGAGGCGCGCAAAACGCUCACCCUAGUGCAGCUGGAUCAUAUUGGUGUUUGCGAGGACGUGCAACAGGUUAAGAAGAGGCUGUUAAGGGCGGCAAGAGGCUGCAUCCAGAGCCAGGUCACACUAGCAGCACAGAAGUACGAUGUGGCUCAGUCCUCAAUCACGCAAGAUGAACUCAAGGCUCAGAUCCCACGGCUGACCCAGGAGCUGUCAGAGCUUCAGGAGGCUCACCGGCACAAGCUGAGCUGCCUGCGGGAUGAGGCCAGAAAGCCUUCCCGUGGUCUGGCGCGGUCCCUCAGUGACGUCAGCCACUGCCGCCGGGCGUCUCUCAGCCUGCAGCGGCGGCUGAGCGGCAGCAUGAGGUCGCUGGAGGGCUGGUACGAGCCUCGGCUCAUGGCCUUGCUCCGGAGGAGGCAGGCUGGAGAGGAGGCCCUGAGGAAGAGCAAAGAGCUGGGGCAGGAUCUGAGUGUCCGGCUGGGACCCCUGGAGCAGGACGUCCAGAGGCUGGAGCUGCAGAGAGCUUGUUUGGAGGACAGGAUGGUCCUGAUGGAAAGGGACAGGCGGGACUGCAAGGCUCAGUACGAGGAGACAGUGGACAUGUUGGAGGAGACCCUGAGAGACCUGAAGGUCGAAUUUGAGAUUCAGAGAAAGUCCACCACACACCUACAGAAUCUUAAGGACGGGCUUUUAAGAGAGCUGGCCGGCUUCAGAGGCUGCAAUGAUGCCAGAGAAUCGACGGCAGAAGAUGACACAUGAAUGAUUACCUCCACUUAAUACUAAAUAGUAUUCAUAACGGAUUUGUGCUGACAGACGGAGAGAAUAUUUGAAAUAUAUUUUUAUUAUGAGAACACUUGGAAAGUUCAUGAUAGGACGAGACACUACAUAGAGAAAAUGUAUAAAGCAAGCACUUACUCUACACAAACAAGAAAAAUAUGAAAAUGUAUGUACACUUUUUUUAUAUAUAUAGAAAAGGUAAGUUGUCUGACAUAAAACAGAAAGAAUGUAUAUAUUAAAAACCCUCGCAUAUCAAAUCUUGGAAUGUCAAACAAUUCGGAGGAGUAAGACAAUGUUUACAAGAGCAAUAUUGUCGACUUUGUAAAAAUGCUAAAGAAAACGAUUGACUUCAUAAAUAUGCAAUGCCAUUAUCCACAAUACAAGACAAUGACAAAACAACCUUCAAUAAUGACUGAUGAUUAGUAACAAUGUAUCAUUAACCAAAUAUCGAUAGUCGACCAAAGUAGAAAGGGUUAGGGCGGGCAGAGGGGGUCCGCUCAAGGCUGGGGGUCCACGUCUGCCGCUCCUUCGGGGUCCUCAUCGUUGUAGAUGUUCUCAGCCUGAGGGGCACACACAUUGAAGAUGAUGCCGAUCGCAAUAUCCAUUCAGAUCUAUAGCGAUGGUUGCAGUUACGACGGAACUUACAAUAAAAGGUAUGCAUAUGAAUCUGUGCACAUGUCGAUGAAAUAUGUGCAUUUAAAUAAAUAGUCGUAGAAUAAUGUCUUACCAUC